AUAUGUUUUCUUCAUGGUAAACACUGCAUAUGUUUUCUUCAUGAUAAACACUGCAUAUGUUUUCUUCAUGGUAAACACUGCAUAUGUUUUCUUCAUGGUAAACACUGCAUAUGUUUUCUUCACGGUAAACACUGCAUAUGUUUUCUUCAAUGGUAAACACUGCAUAUGUUUUCUUCACGAUAAACACUGCAUAUGUUUUCUUCAAUGGUAAACACUGCAUAUGUUUUCUUCAUGGUAAACACUGCAUAUGUUUUCUUCAUGGUAAACACUGUAUAUGUUUUCUUCACGGUAAACACUGCAUAUGUUUUCUUCAAUGGUAAACACUGCAUAUGUUUUCUUCACGAUAAACACUGCAUAUGUUUUCUUCAAUGGUAAACACUGCAUAUGUUUUCUUCAUGGUAAACACUGCAUAUGUUUUCUUCAAUGGUAAACACUGCAUAUGUUUUCUUCAAUGGUAAACACUGCAUAUGUUUUCUUCAAUGGUAAACACUGCAUAUGUUUUCUUCAUGGUAAACACUGCAUAUGUUUUCUUCAAUGGUAAACACUGCAUAUGUUUUCUUCACGGUAAACACUGCAUAUGUUUUCUUCAUGGUAAACACUGCAUAUGUUUUCUUCAUGGUAAACACUGCAUAUGUUUUCUUCAUGGUAAACACUGCAUAUGUUUUCUUCAUGGUAAACACUGCAUAUGUUUUCUUCACGGUAAACACUGCAUAUGUUUUCUUCAUGGUAAACACUGCAUAUGUUUUCUUCAUGGUAAACACUGCAUAUGUUUUCUUCAUGGUAAACACUGCAUAUGUUUUCUCAAUCGGAAAUGACUUUUUAAUGGUACAUUGUCGAUGGGAUUGAAUCUCGGCCCAAUGCUGGGCAUACACUACACGACUUCGAAAUAAUAACACAUUUCCCGAUUUUCUUGUCACAAUUCUUUCAUUCAAACCAUCCUCAACCCCAGGAUGUGGGUGCUCACAUUACACCAUGAUUCCCUAGUUAAUCAUGACCUGCAUUUCUCGGGUUCUCGUAAAAAUGCCAUAAAGCAAACAUAACUGAAACAUAAUCAAACAUAACGCAAACAUAACGCAAACAUAACCAAACAUAACCAAACAUAACGCAAACAGCGAGCUGCUUUAUUAGUGUGCACAAUUAAUGUGUUGAGAAACAUCAAGAAAGAAACGGAAGUGCAGAAUAUGGACCAGCCAAUGGAAGAGGCUCAGAAUAUGGACCAGCCAAUGGAAGAGGCUCAGAAUAUGGACCAGCCAAUGGAAGAGGCUCAGAAUAUGGACCAGUCAAUGGAAGAGGCUCAGAAUAUGGACCAGCCAAUGGAAGAGGCUCAGAAUAUGGACCAGCCAAUGGAAGAGGCGCAGAAUAUGGACCAGCCAAUGGAAGAGGUGCAGAAUAUGGACCAGCCAAUGGAAGAGGCUCAGAAUAUGGACCAGUCAAUGGAAGAGGCUCAGAAUAUGGACCAGCCAAUGGAAGAGGUGCAGAAUGUGGACCAGCCAAUGGAAGAGGUGCAGAAUAUGGACCAGCCAAUGGAAGAGGCUCAGAAUAUGGACCAGCCAAUGGAAGAGGUGCAGAAUAUGGACCAGCCAAUGGAAGAGGCGCAGAAUAUGGACCAGCCAAUGGAAGAGGCUCAGAAUAUGGACCAGUCGAUGGAAGAGGUGCAGGAUAUGGACCAGCCAAUGGAAGAGGUGCAGAAUAUGGACCAGACAAUGGAAAAGGCGCAGAAUUCGGACCAGACAAUAGAAGAGGCGCAGAAUAUGGACCAGCCAAUGGAAAAGGCGCAGAAUUCGGACCAGCCAAUGGAAAAGGCGCAGAAUUCGGACCAGACAAUGGAAGAGGCGCAGAAUAUGGACCAGCCAAUGGAAGAUGUUCAGAAUAUGGACCAGCCAAUGGAAGAUGUUCAGAGUAUGGACCAGCCAAUGGAAGAGGCUCAGAAUAUGGACCAGCCAAUGGAAGAGGUGCAGAAUAUGGACCAGCCAAUGGAAAAGGCGCAGAAUAUGGACCAGCCAAUCUGUUUUACAUCACCUCGGUCCACACGGUGCAUGUUGUUGUUGCUCUCCUCUUCACCAUCUUUGUUUUGGUCUCACAUGCUAAGGGCUCAUUGGCUAUUGGCAGUAGUCCGUUGCCCAAUUGCGUCGUAGCACUGCUCAUACUACAAGAUGUACGACAAAAAUGUCUGACAUGUCAGAAAUGUAUAAGGUCAUCCGACAGGGGUCUGGAGAACGGAACAGUCAUCAUCGCUGCGUCCUUGACCUGUUCAAACUACGCCAGUCCCGACGUAUACUGACCCUAGCCCAAGUUAAUAGGAUUUCACCUCGAUCAUUCAAAUUAAUCUGAGAUGGAAAAAAACAUGGCAAAUUCGUAGCGAAGUAGUGUAGUGUACGCCCUGCAUAAAUCCACUGGAUUGAAUCCUGUUUAUUUCCUCACCUGACCAGGAAAACAAAAAAUACAACCUCAUCUUAUAGGCCAAUAUCACUACCUAACAGAGAUAUCAAGUUUAGCAUGAUUUCUCUGCAGAGCUGUCGGUGGUUGUGGUAAUACAAAUAUGAUAUUACGCUACGGUAUUAUCUUCUCUCUAUAUAGCGUAUACAUAUUAUCAAUGACACGUUAAAAUUUGUAACAAAACUGUAAUUUGGGGCGGCAGGGUAGUCUAGUGGUUAGAGCGUUGGACUAGUAACCGGAAGGUUGCAAGUUCAAACCCCCGAGCUGACAAGGUACAAAUCUGUCGUUCUGCCCCUGAACAGGCAGUUAACCCACUGUUCCUAGGCCGUCAUUGAAAAUAAGAAUUUGUCCUUAACUGACUUGCCUGGUUAAAUAAAGGUUAGGAAAAAAAGUUAAUCGCAUGUCGUUUCAAAUGAUGCAUGAUCUGACAGGAACUUGUUUUGUCUCGU